UUUCUGGAUUGAAUCCUGUAAAGUUGUUUGUGUUUUUUGUUUGCCUUUCACGCCAAUACAUUUCAGCUACAACAUGACGGAGGAUGUUCAGAAACACUCGGUCCAUACACUUGUCUUCAGGUCUUUGAAAAGAACACAUGACAUGUUUGUAUCCGAUCACGCCAAACCAUUGGCAUUGGAUGAAGAAAGCCAGAAGAUUAAGAUGGCUGCGAAGCUGCGCGCGGAGUACGGACCGGUCCUGCAUAUGCCUGUGUUAAAGGAAGGCCGAGAGAAAGGACCCGCUCGCGCCACAGACCCGUACGGCCUGCAGGGCCAUCCGCUCACUGGUUCAGAACCCGAUUACUUGGUCACGGGAACCCACCCAUAUCCGUCCGGACCAGGUGUGGCUCUCACGGCGGACACACAGAUACAGAAGAUGCCCAGUGAGGCUGGCGUUCACUCUCUGGCUCUGGCCCUGCCCCCAUCACAGGCCAGACAAGAUGCUAGUCGCACAGCGGCCAGUGUGAGCGACAUUCACAGACAUGCAGGAGCGCCAGAGAGAUCUCAUCCACCUGGACACUCUAUGGCUCUGCUGGAGAGCGGCGGGACAAAGAGCUCGGCGCUGGCCGUGCGAAAGGCUCCCACGAUGCCCAAACCACAGUGGCACCCGCCCUGGAAACUCUACAGAGUGAUCAGUGGUCAUCUUGGCUGGGUACGGUCCAUUGCUGUGGAACCGGGGAACCAGUGGUUUGUGACGGGCUCGGCGGACAGAACCAUAAAGAUCUGGGACCUAGCCAGUGGCAGACUGAAACUGUCUUUGACUGGACACAUCAGUACAGUGAGGGGCGUGGCCGUCAGUGGGCGGAGUCCUUACCUGUUCUCCUGUGGAGAGGACAAACAGGUCAAAUGCUGGGAUCUCGAGUAUAACAAGGUGAUCAGGCACUACCACGGCCACCUGAGCGCAGUGUAUGACCUGGAUCUCCAUCCAACCAUAGACGUCCUGGUGACCUGCAGCCGGGACUCCACCGCAAGAGUGUGGGACAUCAGGACCAAGGCCAACGUGCACACGCUGACAGGACACACUAACACAGUGGCCACAGUGAAGUGUCAGAGUGCAGAGCCUCAGAUUAUCACAGGGAGUCAUGACACCACCAUCCGGCUGUGGGAUUUGAUUGCUGGGAAGACGAGAGCCACACUGACCAAUCACAAGAAGUCUGUCAGAGCUCUGGUUCUCCACCCCCGACAAUACACCUUUGCCUCCGGCUCCCCAGACAACAUCAAACAGUGGAAAUUUCCAGACGGAAACUUCAUUCAGAAUCUGUCUGGGCAUAACGCCAUCAUUAAUACGCUGGCCGUCAACUCUGACGGUGUCCUGGUGUCUGGAGCUGAUAACGGCACCAUCCACAUGUGGGACUGGAGAACGGGCUAUAACUUCCAGCGGAUCCACGCGGCGGUGCAGCCCGGCUCCCUGGACAGCGAGUCCGGGAUCUUCGCCUGCGUCUUCGAUCACUCUGAGAGUCGGCUGAUCACAGCAGAGGCUGACAAAACCAUUAAAGUUUACAAAGAAGACGACACAGCGACUGAGGAAACCCACCCUCUCAACUGGAAACCAGAGAUCCUGAAGAGAAAGAGAUUUUGAACUGUUUUCUAAACAAUACUUUUUAUUUUAUUAAUUAUUUCAUCUGAAUUGUUGAGCCUCUUAGUUUGUUCGCAUCUGAAACAACAAUUACGUUCACACACAUCUGUAAUUUUACUCAAAUGCUUCAAGAGUAUUCUCACACACAUUAA